GUCACUUCAAGAUGGAGUCAGAUGUGUAUUGCAGUGUUGUCACUUUCGGUUUCAACCAAUUUAAUUUUAAUAUCAUGGAUUUAAUGUUCUGUUUAUUAUAAAUCUGAUAAAUGACGCUGCUUACAAGAAAAGAUAAUUACAUUCUCAUAAAAUGCCUAAGGACGGCAAGAAAGGGAAAAGAAGACAAAACUUUUGUAGUUCAGGUGCGCAGUAUAUCACACUUCAUGACUUUGCUGAUGCUCAUUUACCUCAGUCUUGUGGACGCCUCAAGAAAUCUCUUGCAACUGCCACUGGCCCGGGAGCAAUUCCAAAAACAGUUAGUGCACAAAAACUUGUAGAGCGGGAGGAAGCUGAAGCUUUAAGCUGGUUUGAGAAAGAUCUUGAGGAUUUUGUAAUUGAUGAUGUGACAGAAGAAGAGCAUGAGGAACAAAACAUUAAUGGAGCAGCACCUUUGACAUCCAAAGACAAUAGAAAAAAAAAGAAGACAACAUACACAGGUGGAAAAGUUUACCCUCUAGAUUUAUGGCACUUGAUUGGCAACUUUGUCCACCCAGAUGAUGUACAGAGGUUUGCUGGGAUAUGUCAAGGGGCUCGUUCAGUCACACACACAGCAGCUUUCUGGAGAAAGCUUUAUGAGAGGUACUAUAGCAAAGGUAAAGAAGGAUUGCCUGAUGCUGUUAAACCACAUAGCAUGGAAAAGUUGCAUGGACUGCGAGCUAGAGUAAUUAGAGCAAUGUUUUAUCUCUACCCUCCAUUAAUAUCAACAGUACAAAUAAAGGGACCAAUGGAAGAUGAACCUUAUUCUCUUAAAGGUCAUCGAUGUCUUUUAGCAUGGCAUCAACCUGCACCAAAAGGCUGGCUUUUUUGUUUCAAGUUUCAAAAACCAUCCUUUCAAUCUUUAACCAGCAGACCAUCAAGCAAAAUAGACUUAUACCAUGGUUUCAAUGAUUUGUUUUACAACCCUGAAGAAGGGUGCUCAGUAUUGCAAGUCACCUGCUGCCAUUUUGCUUCUAUAUCCACUGUCAUGGGUCUACUACUUAACCAGGUAUACAUAACACUUAGCACAGGAUUUCACCAUCACCGUUUGAGGCUCCACUUUGACUCAAGGAUAACUACAAACAAUCACGCAGCUUCAGAAAUGGUUGUAGUUCUUGAUGAUGUUAUAUCUAUUAAGUUGGUUCAGUGGUGGUACCCUGGCUAUCCAUUCACCAAUUGAUGAUGGCUGCUUUUAGUGUAUUCAAAGCUUUUUUUUAAAUAAAUUAUUUUACUCCUGGGUAAUUGGUCACUUCAAAAACACCCUUUGUGCUGUUAUUUCAAAAUAAGCAAUGUUAAUUACUACUCAGUUUUAAUUUUUAUCUAAAAUUUUAGAAGUCAUUUAAAAAAUUUCAGCUAAUUCAUAAUGUUUAUGUUGUUUUUGUGUAAUUUUUAACAAUUGUCUAUAUUCUAUUCCCAAUGACUGCUAGAACUGAUUACUUAUGAAGGGGUUGUGAUUUCAAUAAUUCAUUUAUAUAAACUUUAAACAGUUUGUAAAAAUGUAGUCUAAGGAAGCGUUUUCAAGAAAAGUUAUUUUUGAUACAUUUAGCUAUAUUAAAUUUUUUUUUUUAAUUUUACAUAUUACAAAAAUGGAAUAUCCAAUCAUCAAGAAACUAAAAAGAAUGGUACAUAUAUAUUGGAACAUGAAUAUCAAAUCUUAUAUAGAUGUAAUCAACUUUUAAAAGUAAAUUAGUCUAGAAAUAGGUCUAUUUAUAAAAUUACUGUUUACUAUGUUAGAAUAAAUCAUGUCAUUUUACAAGUUUUAAUUCAAACAAAAUGUUAAACAGUCUUGGUUCAAAUUGAUUAUUUUUACCUUAAUAAUCAAUCAAAAGCUAGUCAGCUAUAUUCAUUAAAAUAUAUAUUUAUAAUUUAGUAAGGUGAACAUUAAUUUUCAAUUAAAAUCUUUUAGUGAGAUAAGUAAUUUCAUCUCUUCUUUCAAAUACAAGCUAAAUUGAGCUUUGAUCUGAUACUCUGUCUCAGUCUUAUUCUUUAAGUUUAGAUAUUUGCAUUUUAUGAUUUUCAAUAAUAUUUUAACUGUCAAUGUACUAAUUACUGGUUACUGUGUUAGCAUAUUAUAAUGGUGUGUGUAGAGAACAAUGAAAACACAAGAACUCAGUAAUUUACAAGAGUGACAGUUCCUGUUCUCUGUAGCUAUUCGGUGAUACUAGUUAGUGUUACAUUUUAAGAAGUAAAGUAUAAAUUAAACCAGAAAAGUAUGGAAAUGUCCUAUAAUGAAUAAAUAUGUCUUAAUAAUAUGAAGGGGAGAGAAAUAUUGAAAAUGAAGCUUUUUGAUAUUAGUAGGGUGAAGUUAAAACAUUCCACAGUAACAAUAAAGUUAUAUUUAUAUGAGUAUGUGUAAUUGUAGGGAUGAUAGGUGAAAUUUAUAUUCAUUAGUGGUAAACUAAACAAGUUUAUGUGUAAACAAAAUAUCCCAUAAAAUCAUCCAAAGAUUAAUCUUGUGAGUUAUGACUGUUUUAGGAACAUUCAUUUCUUAAAACAACUUUAAUCAUAAAUCAACCAAAGGACCCCUCAAGCAAAUUUUCAAUAUAUAUUAUUUCAUAUUGAAAUGAAUUAGCUGAUAAUUUAUUGAUCUGAGUAGCUAACAUCAAAGCAUUUGAUCAAAAGUUGUUUAUUUUUGUGUAGUACAAAGAUAUUACAUUUUAUUACCUUAGAAUAACAAUUUCUAUCAACCUACAUAAAAUGCAUCUAGGGUAAUGAUUUGCCAAAUAAUGUGAUGCAAUUUUAUGUAUAACUCCCCCACCCUACAAAGUCAGGGAAUAUUGCUGUUAGAAGUAGUUUCAGCUGAGUGUAAUAGAUGUGCCACAUAUCAAUUGCUUAUUAUAGAACUGGUAGUUAAUAUAAAAUAAAAAUGUUUGUCAU